GAGCGCAAGGCAAUUUUCAUUCAGUCGAACGAUAACAUCGAAGUAUAAGUAUUCGAGAGCUGUACGAAAUUAACUAUUACGAUUUACGCAAAAGUGACAACCAAUAGUAAUUAAGAGAAAUCCUUGUGAUAGAAGUACUUCCAAGUGAUAUUGUUGUGAUAUUAGUUUAAUUGUCGAAACAAAAUGAAUUUGUCAUUCGCUGGCUGCGGUUUUUUGGGCAUCUACCAUGUUGGAGUGGCAUGUUGUUUUCGAAAAUACGCUCCCCAUUUGCUACUGGACAAAAUCUCCGGUGCUUCAGCUGGUGCAAUCGCAGCCUGUUGCUUGAUUUGCGAUUUACCCAUAGGUGAUAUGACCAGCGAUGUCCUCCGAGUGAUAACAGAAGCCCGAAGUCGCUCUCUAGGAGCCUUUUCUCCAUCAUUCAAUAUACACAAACUACUUAUGGAAAAUCUAGAAAAAUUUCUUCCAGACGAUGCGCAUAUUCGAUGUUCCGGCAAACUUCACGUAUCGCUGACGAGGGUGUGGGAUGGAAAAAACGUAGUAUUAUCCCAUUUCGAUAGCAGAGAUGAACUCAUCCAAGCUCUCUUAGCCUCGGCAUUCAUUCCGUUCUUCUCAGGCCUGUUACCACCAAAAUUCAAAGGUGUAAGAUAUAUGGACGGCGGUGCCAGCAAUAAUCUACCCACAUUAGAUGAAAAUACCAUAACUGUUAGUCCCUUUUGCGGCGAAAGUGACAUCUGCCCUCGAGAUGACAGUUCUCAGCUCUUCCAUAUUAAUGUUGCGAAUACCAGCAUUGAACUUUCAAAACACAAUAUAUACAGAAUGUUAAGGAUAUUGUUUCCUCCGAAACCAGAAGUUUUGUCGAACAUGUGCAAGCAAGGAUUCGAUGAUGCUCUCAGAUUUCUACACAGGAACAACCUUAUCAAUUGUACCAGGUGUCUUGCUGUUCAAUCAACGUUCGUAGUUUCCGAAACAUCAGAGGAAGAGUUGGAGUAUGACCCUCAAUGUAAAGAAUGUAAAUUGCACAUGCAGGAAGCAUUGGUAUCUAAUGUUCCUGAAUCGGUACUUAGCAAAUUUCAAGAGGCCAUUGACAAAGCUAAUAACGGUUUGCUGAACUGGCUCUUCAAACACCGAGGGAUGAAGUUGCUAUCAGUGAUCACGCUUCCGUAUACCCUACCAGCAGAUGUCGUGUACGCUACAUUCACAAAGUUGCAGAUAUUACCUAAUAGCAUCCAAUCAAGUCCAAAAGUCAUUUAUAGGAAGUUUGCUAACUUCGAUUUCCAAAGCUUUAAUGGUAGUCACUUUGAGAAUAAGUCAUACCAGUUUGAAUUGCUCGGAAAUGCCAUCCUAUCCACCCCUUCAUAUGCAUGCCAUCAACAUUUGUUCACAGAAAGAAGGUUCAUGAUAGCCGCUCCGCAGGUCGGUAAUGGUGUCUGGGACGUGAGUAAGAUCCUAAUGGAUAAAUUGAACCAUCUACUUAACAGAGUGAACAGAAAGAGGCAACAAAUCAGUGCGAAAAUCUCCUGCCAGCUUGCCAUAACCGAAUAUGGCGGAAAUAAAUACGACGUAGAAUCUUGUCAAGAUGUGAACGCCGAGAACAAAGUGAACUUGAACUUCACCCUCAACUUGGAUGGAAGUGAUAUUCCAUUGACUCAAAGUCCAGCUCGUAAAUUCAAUACAAAGGAGAUAUUGCAAAGGAAGCCGAGUUUCAAGGUCAACAGGAGUGACACGAUGGACAAUGAUGCUUUCGAACAUAUUUUGCAAGUUACUUCACAGCAAGAAGCAGUUAUGGCUUACUAUUAUUUAGAUGAAAAUAAUAAGGUUAAAGUAACAGAAAUCUUUGACGUAACAGACAGCGAUUCUCCAAUCGUUCAAACCUCACAUGAACGUGACACUAAUCAACAACUAGAGUUUGACGAAGAAUGGGAUGAAUCAGCUUGGCAUGGACAACAAAAUGUAGAUGAAGAAAUGUCGGAAUAUGAAUUGGAAGAUAUUAUCGAUAGAGAUGCUGCCAUUUUCUCAGAUCCAGAAAGUGAAUGGACUGGCUCUGUAAGAGUCGAUGAACCAGAAGAGGAUCAAUUUUGCAACAAUAAUAAUGAUCAUCGCCCUGAAUCUGAGAGACCGAUACUAAUCAGUCAAGAGUGUGCUGAUAAAAACAAAGUUCCAGGUUUCACAUCUGAAAUGAAUACGUAGAUGCCGUAUUCAUUUUUUUUACGAGAGUUUAUGUUGAAAACAAGAAGUAGCUUGGAAAAUGAAUUUAUUUGUUUGGUUAUAUCGUGAGAGAUUACCACAAGAGGUUGUUUUGUACCGAUUGAAGUGUUGAAAUUUCUGUACAUCACUUAAAAACUUCAGUAGCAAAAUCAAUCGACAAAUGUGAUAUGGAUUAGUGUAUAUUUUUAUACUGUAACUGAUAUAUUUAAGUAUUAUUAUUAUGACCGUUUUAAUUAAUAUAUUUAAAUUAUCAUAGUGGCAUUUGUUAAGGAAGAAAUAUAUUUUAUGUGAAGUGUUACAUGUUAAAAAGUAAAUUUU